AUGCUAUAUCUUUCAUUUUUCUGUUCCAUCUUCUUAUCCCUUCUUUUAUCUUUUUGUUGUUUUGUUUCUGUGCUUAGAUGUUUUUGCCUGGUUGAAUCUUCCUUUCUCAAUUACUUCUUGUUUCUUUCUUUAAUUCAAUUCCAUCAUAAAUCAAAAGUAACAUCUAAAGGUCCCAAUCUUUUGCUUAAGCGCUUUGUGUUGAUGGAUUUCAUUUCCUUCCUGAGACUGAGUUUACCUUCUUCUCUCCCUUUUCCAUCUUCUUUAUUAAGGGGCCCUGUCCCUCUCAAUUGGGUUUCUUUGAUUAUGAAGAGAAAGUUGUUUUCCCAUGUAGAAUAGUUGGGCUUUGUCUCUUUUCUAUAAGAAUUCAGACUCCCUUUCCCCCUCUCUUCUCAUUUUCUGAGCAGUUCUCCAUGCCCAUCAUGAGCUUCAUUUCUCUGGGUGUUCCCUUUCUUCAUCUCAAUCAAUGUGGAAGGUUUUCAUUGAGAAGGAUUAAACACUAAAGCAUGGAGAAAUCUUAUGAACCAGCAAAUGGAAAUGGAUUUACUGAUAAUGGUCAUAGGACCAUGAGGUACUCUCCUUAUCAGCCUUGUAUUAAGGUAUCAUUAUCUUGGCUGGAUAUAAGAGUUUUCUAUGUUAGAGUUAGUAAAUGUGAGAUUGAUGAUUCCACUCCUGAGUACCUUACUCUGAAUCAUAUUCCACUGAAUCGAGAUACCCUUCUUGAAGUAAACGGUGUAAGAAGUAGCAUCUAUUCAGAUGGUGUAUCGACUCUUCUGAGAAGGGAUCGGUUAGAUAAAAAAUCUGAAGAAGCUACAUUUGUGAGCACUGAUAGUGUAAGGAUGACAGGGAGUGUUAAGUUUGAGGUCUUUGAUAAGGAUGUUCUAGUGCUAUAUGGAGUCUUAGAAAUGUCUAAUAGUAAUGGGUGCACUGGAAAAUCAAAAAACAUCGGCCAGAGAUGGAGCAUGACUUGUGAAUUAGACAUCGUCCCAGGCACCAGCUUCUUGAAGGGGAAACAAUAUAUGGGUGGUCCAGAGUCAGCUUCACCAGCAAUUGAGGUUUACAUUGCGGGUUGCUUCUCAGCUACUCCAAUUAUAUUAACUAAAACUUUGCAACUUACCCUUAGGAAGAAGCAAAUCCGGAAGGGCAUGUUGGAUUCUAUACCAGAGUAUGAUGCUACUGAAUGCCAGAAAGAUGAAACAGCUGGGCUUUCUUUACAGAAAUUAUUGAUGCUAUUGUCUGGUGAAUGCAAUCUUAUCCUAGACGGGUCAGGAGAGUAUGGGGGGCUGGCACAUGUUUUUACGCUCUGGGAUAAUAUAGUAUUCUCUUCUUCAUUUUGUGGGACAUGUUUUCCAUGAUCUGUUUGAUCCUGACAUGGCUGUCCAGAUAUGUCGUUAGCUUUGAUCCCGCUUCUCCCAACGUUUGUGUUUUUGAAUUUCUCAAUAAAUUGGUUAACAAUUUUGCAGUUACACAUACCUAAGCCUGAUCUUUCUUUAUUGGGCAGUGUCAUCUUGUUGCUUCCAGAAUAUCUUGUAUGCAGGUCCCUAAUGGGCUGCAAAAAAUGAAAAACAGCUAUAUCCUUUCUCCAUAAAACACACAAACUCACUGAUUUGUUCAUGAAUGUAAAGAUGUUAAAGCUGUUUUGUUUGUGCUAUACUUGAGAUCAUACUGCACUCAGUUCACUAGUAGGAAGCAUAUACCGAAUGAAAAUGGACAUAUCAUAUCCCACAUGGUGCUCUUCCUUUCAAGCAUCUGUUCAUUUGCAGCAUAGACUGAGAGCUGCAGCAAUGUGUAAUGCAAGUCCUGCGUGAUUUUGGUUUGGUGUAAACCAGCUUACCUCCCAAAGUAUAUAUAUAUAUAUAUAUCUCUGGUUAUAAGCUCAUUUAGAUUAUUUUCCUCCUAACACCGAACUCGUCUUAGGGGGACAGAGUGACACUACUAGUUCCGUUCAUAAUUCUAUUUUAAUUGUACGACUCCUUUGUUAAUUAUUGGUUUUUCUCACAGGAAAACCGCCUAAGGAUCCUAAUUCAGUAUAAUUCACAUUCAUCAUUUGCUACAUCACAUUCUCUUCAGUUGGCACCUAAUCUCCUGUAUUCCAUUUCUGUAGAUGUUGCAGAUAUCGGAACACCCAAACUACAAACCAGAAAAUGAAGACUACAACAGCUUGUACUCAGGGACAGAGUAUUUGGAAGGUGAAGAUGGGGAGCUCUCAUGGUUCACUGCUGGAGUAAGGGUGGGUGUUGGGAUUGGCCUCAGCAUUUGUCUCGGAAUCGGCAUAGGAGUGGGGCUGCUGGUCAGGACCUACCAAGGCACCACCAACAACUUCAGAAGGCGGCUACUGUAACCAUCUAUUCUACUCUCAUAAGUCAUAACCCAAAGAGGACAGCUAACUUGGUAGUGUUUCUGAGGGGCUCAUAUCUUGCAAAUAAGUGCAGGAAAUGCAUGAAUCGGGUACGUUCUACUGCAGAGACCAUUGAGCCUUUGAAUAAGAGGGUCAUCGUUACGAUGCAAAGGUACUAUCAUAAUUGCAGGAAUUUUUCCAGCAUUCCUGCACUAGACCAUGUAGGACAUAAGCUUGUUAGUAAAUUGUGAUCCUCAGUCUGUGUCACCUUUUAUUUCUGUGAUUUUUUUUUUCUUUCCCUGAUUUGUAAGUUUAGCAAGGGUGUUGAUAGCAGUGAAACUAUGAUCAUGGAAUUGGAAAGAGAUCUAGAUAACCUUCUUUGGGUUGUUCUCUUUGCUUA